CUCCGGGCCAUGGCGCCGCCGCCGCCUCCCGUGUUGCCCGCGCUGCUGCUCUUGGCUGCGGCCGCCGCCCUACCCGCGCUGGGGCUGCGGGCGGCCGCCUGGGAGCUGCGCGUGCCCGGCGGCGCCCGCGCCUUCGCUCUCGGGCCAGGCUGGACCUACGGGCUGGACGCCGCGCGCACGCCCCGGGCGCUGCGGGAGCUGCUGGACGUGAGCCGAGACGGGCGACUGGCGGGGCGGCGGCGCGGGCCGGGCGCGGGCCGCCCGCUGCCGCUGCUCGUCCGCCUGGCGGCCCGCGGCGCCCCGACGGCGCUGAACCUCCGCCUGAGGGUGCGCGCGCACGGCCCCGCUUGCGGCGCCCAGCUCCGGCGCCGACGUGCCACCAGCGCGGAGCUGCGGGCGCGGGCUGUGCUCACGGUGCCGGGGCCCGGCGCAGUGCUCUGCUUCCCGGCCCUCGGCGGCGGCGACAGUGGCGGGGCCACGCUGCACUCGGCGCUCGCGGCCCUGACCGCCUUCCCCGCCUGUAGCUGCCUGCCGCACCCCGGAUCCCGCUGCCCACGCCGAUACGUCUGCCUGCCGCCCGGGGGCUCGGCCCGCCUGCGCCAGCUGUGCGCCCUGCGGCGCGGGGCCGGCGCCAUCCAGAUGGAGCUGGCGCUGGAGGCGGCCGCGGGGACGACCUCCCCGGCGUCGUCGCUGUCGCAGUCGCAGUCGCCGCCGACCCAGCCCCAGGCCGGGGCCGUGGCGGCGCGGCGGGCUCGGCGGGGCGCUGGCGGCAGCACGACCCCUCAGUUCCCGCUGCCUAGCUACCAAGUAUCGGUGCCCGAGAACGAGCCGGCGGGCACCACGGUCAUCGAGCUGCGCGCGCACGACCCGGACGAAGGCGAGGCGGGGCGCCUGAGCUACCAGAUGGAGGCCCUGUUCGAUGAGCGCUCCAAUGGCUACUUCCUCAUCGACACGGCCACUGGCGCGGUGAGCACUGCCCGCGCACUGGACCGCGAGACCAAGGACACGCAUGUGCUCAAGGUGAGCGCUGUGGACCACGGCUCACCGCGGCGCUCGGCCGCCACCUACCUCACCGUCACAGUGAGCGACACCAACGACCACAGUCCGGUCUUCGAGCAGUCCGAGUACCGUGAGCGCGUGCGUGAGAACCUCGAGGUGGGCUACGAGGUGCUGACCAUCCGUGCCACCGAUGGCGACGCGCCCUCCAACGCCAACAUGCGCUACCGGCUGCUGGAGGGCGCAGGCGGCGUCUUCGAGAUCGACGCCCGCUCGGGCGUGGUGCGCACCCGGGCGGCGGUGGACCGGGAGGAAGGGGCUGCCUACCAGCUGCUGGUGGAGGCCAACGACCAGGGCCGCAACCCGGGCCCGCUCAGCGCCACCGCUACCGUCCACAUAGUGGUGGAGGAUGAGAAUGACAACUACCCCCAGUUCAGCGAGAAGCGCUACCUGGUGCAGGUGCCCGAGGACGUGGCAGUCAACACACCUGUGCUGCGAGUGCAGGCCACAGAUCGAGACCAAGGGCAGAACGCGGCCAUCCAUUACAGCAUCGUCAGCGGGAACCUGAAGGGGCAGUUCUACCUGCAUUCUUUGAGCGGCAGCCUGGACGUGAUCAACCCGCUGGACUUUGAGGCCAUCAGGGAGUAUACGCUCCGCAUCAAGGCCCAGGAUGGGGGCCGGCCUCCACUCAUCAAUUCCUCGGGGCUGGUCUUGGUGCAGGUGCUGGACGUGAACGACAACGCCCCCAUCUUUGUGAGCAGCCCCUUCCAGGCAGCUGUGCUGGAAAACGUGCCUCUCGGCCACUCGGUGCUGCACAUUCAGGCGGUGGACGCGGACGCAGGUGAGAACGCCCGACUGCGCUAUCGCCUGGUGGACACCGCGUCGACCUCCCUGGGUGGUGGCAGUCCUGUGUCCCAGGACCCUGGCUCUCCCCCGGAGUUCCCUUUCCAGAUCCACAACAGCUCUGGCUGGAUCACCGUGUGCGCGGAGCUGGACCGCGAGGAGGUGGAGCACUAUAGCUUCGGGGUGGAGGCGGUGGACCACGGCUCGCCGGCCAUGAGCUCCUCGGCCAGCGUGUCCAUCACGGUGCUGGACGUAAAUGACAACGACCCGGUGUUCACGCAGCCCGUGUACGAGCUGCGUCUGAAUGAGGACGCCGCAGUGGGGAGCAGCGUGCUGACCCUGCGGGCGCGUGACCGGGACGCCAACAGCGUGAUCACCUACCAGCUCACCGGCGGCAACACCCGCAACCGCUUUGCCCUCAGCAGCCAGAGUGGCGGCGGCCUCAUAACCCUGGCGCUGCCGCUGGAUUACAAGCAGGAGCGGCAGUACGUGCUGGCGGUGACCGCUUCCGAUGGCACUCGCUCGCACACUGCGCAGGUCUUCAUCAACGUCACUGACGCCAACACCCACCGGCCAGUCUUCCAGAGCUCGCACUACACCGUGAGUGUCAGCGAGGACCGGCUGGUGGGCACCUCCAUUGCCACCAUCAGUGCCACCGACGAGGACACGGGUGAAAAUGCACGCAUCACCUAUGUGCUGGAGGACCCUGUUCCACAGUUCCGCAUCGACCCGGACACUGGCACCAUCUACACCAUGACCGAGCUGGACUAUGAGGACCAAGCCGCCUACACGCUGGCCAUCACCGCUCGGGACAAUGGCAUCCCUCAAAAGUCCGACACCACCUCCCUGGAGAUCCUCAUCCUCGAUGCCAACGACAAUGCACCCCGCUUCCUGCGGGACUUCUACCAGGGUUCCGUCUUUGAGGAUGCGCCACCGUCCACCAGCGUCCUCCAGGUCUCGGCCACAGAUCGGGACUCAGGCCCCAACGGCCGUCUGCUGUACACCUUCCAGGGUGGGGACGACGGUGAUGGGGACUUCUACAUCGAGCCCACGUCCGGCGUGAUCCGCACCCAGCGCCGGCUCGACCGGGAGAACGUGGCUGUGUACAGCCUCCGGGCCCUAGCUGUGGACCGGGGGAGCCCCGCACCCCUCAGUGCCUCGGUGGACAUCCAGGUGAGCGUCUUGGACAUUAAUGACAACCCCCCAGUGUUUGAGAGGGACGAGCUGGAGCUGUUUGUGGAGGAGAACAGCCCCGUGGGGUCCGUGGUGGCAAGGAUUCGUGCCAAUGACCCCGACGAAGGCCCCAACGCCCAGAUCAUGUAUCAGAUCGUGGAGGGCAACGUGCCUGAGGUCUUCCAGCUGGACCUGCUGAGCGGUGACCUGCGUGCCCUGGCUGAGCUGGACUUCGAGGUCCGGCGGGAUUACGUGCUGGUGGUGCAGGCCACCUCGGCCCCGCUGGUGAGCCGGGCCACCGUGCACAUCCGCCUCCUGGACCAGAAUGACAACCCGCCUGUGCUGCCCGACUUCCAGAUCCUCUUCAACAACUACGUCACCAAUAAGUCCAACAGCUUCCCCACGGGCGUGAUCGGCCGCAUCCCGGCGCACGACCCCGACCUCUCAGACAGCCUCAACUACACUUUCCUGCAGGGCAAUGAGCUCCAGCUGCUGCUGCUGGACCCCGCCACGGGCGAGCUGCAGCUCAGCCGGGACCUGGACAACAACCGGCCGCUGGAGGCGCUCAUGGAGGUGUCUGUUUCUGAUGGCAUCCACAGCGUGGCCGCACUCUGCACCCUGCGGGUCACCAUCAUCACGGACGACAUGCUGACCAAUAGCAUCACCGUCCGCCUGGAGAACAUGUCGCAGGAGAAGUUCCUCUCCCCGCUGCUGUCCCUCUUCGUGGAAGGGGUGGCCACGGUGCUGUCCACCACCAAGGACGACGUCUUCGUCUUCAACAUCCAGAAUGACACGGACGUCCGCGCCAACAUCCUGAACGUGACCUUCUCAGCCUUGCUCCCUGGCGGCGUCCGCGACAAGUUCUUCCCGUCAGAGGACCUGCAGGAGCAGAUCUACCUGAACCGGACGCUGCUGACGGCUGUGUCCACCCAGCGCGUGCUGCCCUUCGAUGACAACAUCUGUUUGCGGGAGCCCUGUGAGAACUACAUGAAGUGUGUGUCCGUGCUCAAGUUCGACAGCUCGGCGCCCUUCAUCAGCUCCACCACCGUGCUCUUCCGGCCCAUCCACCCCAUCACUGGGCUGCGCUGCCGCUGCCCGCCGGGCUUCACGGGCGACUACUGCGAGACCGAGAUCGACCUGUGUUAUUCCAGCCCCUGCGGCACCCACGGCCGCUGCCACAGCCGCGAGGGCGGCUACACCUGCGAGUGUCCAGAGGACUUCACCGGAGAGCACUGCGAGGUGAACACGCGCUCGGGCCGCUGCGCGCACGGGGUCUGCAAAAACGGGGGCACCUGUGUGAACCUGCUCAUCGGCGGCUUCCACUGCGUGUGCCCUCCCGGCGAGUUCGAGAGGCCCUACUGCGAGGUGACCACCAGGAGCUUCCCGCCCCGGUCCUUUGUCACCUUCCGAGGCCUGAGGCAGCGCUUUCACUUCACCAUCUCCCUCACGUUUGCCACCCGGGAGAGGAACGCCCUGCUGCUGUAUAAUGGCCGCUUCAACGAGAAGCACGACUUCAUUGCCCUGGAGGUUGUGGGUGAGCAAGUGCAGCUCACCUUCUCGGCAGGUGAGACUACAACCACAGUGACACCCCAGGUUCCCGGGGGCGUGAGUGACGGGCGCUGGCACUCGGUGCGGGUGCAAUAUUACAACAAGCCCAACAUCGGCCGCCUGGGCCUGCCCCACGGGCCAUCUGGAGAGAAGGUGGCCGUGGUGACUGUGGACGACUGUGACACAGCCGUGGCCGUGCGCUUCGGCAGCCUCGUCGGGAACUACAGCUGCGCUGCCCAGGGCACACAGAGCGGCUCCAAGAAGUCCCUGGAUCUGACCGGCCCUCUGCUCCUGGGAGGCGUCCCCAACCUGCCUGAAGCCUUCCCGGUGCGCAACCGGCAGUUUGUGGGCUGCAUGCGGAACCUGUCUGUGGACGGGAGGAACGUGGACAUGGCCAGCUUCAUUGCCAACAACGGCACCAGGGCAGGCUGUGCUGCUCAGAGGAACUUCUGUGAUGGGACCUGGUGUCAGAAUGGGGGCACCUGUGUUAGCAGGUGGAACACUUACAUCUGUGAGUGCCCACUCCGGUUCGGCGGGAAGAACUGCGAGCAAGUCAUGCCUCACCCCCAGCGCUUCAGCGGGGAGAGCCUCGUGUCCUGGAGCGACCUGGACAUCACCAUCUCCGUGCCCUGGUACCUGGGGCUCAUGUUCCGGACCAGGAAGGAGGACGGCGUGCUGAUGGAGGCCACGGCAGGCGCAUCCUCCAGGCUCCAUCUCCAGAUCCUACACAACUAUGUCCAGUUUGAGGUGUCCCAUGGUCCCUCAGAUGUGGCAUCCAUGAGCUUGUCCAGGUCACGUGUGACUGACGGGGAGUGGCACCACCUGUUGAUAGAACUGAAGAGCGCCAAGGAGGGCAAAGACAUCAAGUACCUGGCGGUCAUGACUUUGGACUAUGGGUUGGACCAGGACACGGUGCAGAUCGGGAACCAGCUCCCAGGGUUGAAGAUGAGAAGCAUCGUUGUGGGCGGUGUGUCGGAAGAUAAGGUCACGGUGCGCCGCGGUUUCCGGGGCUGCAUGCAGGGAGUGAGAAUGGGGGAGACGUCCACCAACAUCGCCACGCUGAACAUGAAUGAUGCCCUCAAGGUCAGGGUGAAGGACGGCUGUGACGUGCAGGACCCGUGCACCUCCAGCCCCUGCCCUCAGCACAGCCGCUGCCACGAUGCCUGGGACGGCUACUCCUGCAUCUGUGACAAAGGGUACUUUGGAAGGCAGUGUGUGGACGUGUGCCAUCUGAACCCCUGCGAGCACGUCUCGGCAUGUGUGCACAAGCCCGGGUCCCCGCGGGGCUACGCGUGUGAGUGUGGGUCCAGUCACUACGGCCAGUACUGCGAGAACAAGGUUGACCUUCCGUGCCCCAAAGGCUGGUGGGGGAACCCCGUGUGCGGACCUUGCCACUGUGCCGUCAGCAAAGGCUUUGAUCCCGACUGUAACAAGACCAACGGGCAUUGUCAGUGUAAGGAGAAUUACUACAGGCCCCCGGAUCAGGACGCGUGCCUGCCAUGUGACUGCUUCCCGCACGGCUCCCACAGCCGGGCCUGUGACAUGGACACUGGGCAGUGUGUCUGCAAGUCCGGCGUCAUCGGUCGUCAGUGCAACCGCUGUGACAACCCUUUCGCUGAGGUCACCGCGCUCGGCUGUGAAGUGAUCUACAAUGGAUGUCCCAGAGCAUUUGAGGCUGGCAUCUGGUGGCCGCAGACCAAGUUCGGGCAGCCGGCGGCAGUGCCGUGCCCCAGGGGAUCCGUGGGAAACGCAGUCCGGCACUGCAGCGGGGAGAAGGGCUGGCUGCCCGCGGAGCUCUUCAACUGCACCACUGUCUCCUUCCUGGAGCUCAAAGCCAUGAACGAGAAGCUGAGCCGGAACGAGACGCAGAUGGACGGCGACCGGUCCCUGCGGCUGGCCAAGGCGCUGCGGAAUGCCACGCAGCACACGGGCCAGCUCUUCGGCAAUGACGUGCGCACGGCCUACCAGCUGCUGGCCCGCGUGCUGCUGCAUGAGAGCCGCCAACAGGGCUUCGAGCUGGCGGCCACGCGGGAUGCCGACUUCCACCAGGACGUCGUCCGCACGGGCAGUGCGCUCCUGGCCCCGGACACACAGGCCGCGUGGGAGCAGAUCCAGCGGAGCGAGGGGGGUGCGGUGCAGCUGCUGAGGGGCUUCGAGGCCUACUUCAGCAACGUGGUGCGCAAUGUGCGGAGGACCUACCUGAGGCCCUUCGUCAUCGUCACGGCCAACAUGAUUCUGGCCGUCGACAUCUUCGACACGUUCAACUUCACGGGAGCCAGGGUGCCGCGAUUCGAGGACAUUCGCGACGAGUUCCCCAAGGAGUCGGAGUCCUCGGUGUUCUUCUCGGCUGACUUCUUCAAACCACCGGAGCACAAAGAGAGCCCCACGGUGAGGCCGGCCGGUCGGAAGGCUGCCCCGCAGACGGCGCGCCUGGAGCCCGGCGCCGAGAGGGAGGCCCUGUUCAGGAGGCAGAAGAGGCACCCCGACGAGCCCGGCCGGUUCGCCGUCACCCUCGUCAUCAUCUACCGGAUGCUGGGGCAGCUCCUGCCCGAGCACUAUGACCCCGACCGCCGCAGCCUCCGGCUGCCUAACCGGCCGGUCAUUAACACACCGGUGGUGAGCGCCGCGGUGUACAGCGAGGGGGCUGCCCUCCCCAGCCCCCUGGAGAGGCCCGUCCUGGUGGAGCACGUCCUGCUGGAGACCGAGGAGCGCACCAAGCCCGUCUGCGUGUUCUGGAACCACUCCAUCAACGUCGGGGGAACAGGAGGCUGGUCGGCCAAGGGCUGCGAGCUGCUGUCCCGGAACCGGACCCACGUCUCCUGUCAGUGCAGUCACAUGGCCAGCUUUGCCGUGCUCAUGGACGUCUCCAGACGCGAGCACGGAGAGGUCCUGCCCCUGAAGAUUGUCACCUACGCCGCCGUGUCCUUGUCGCUGGCCGCCCUGCUUGUGGCCUUCAUCCUCCUCGUGCUGGUGCGGACGCUGCGCUCCAACCUGCAUGGCAUCCACAAGAACCUCAUCGGGGCGCUCUUCUUCUCCCAGCUGGUGUUCGUGAUCGGGAUCACGCAGACAGGAAACCCGUUCCUGUGCACGGUGAUCGCCAUCCUCCUGCACUACGUCUACAUGAGUACCUUUGCCUGGACCUUCGUGGAGGGCCUGCACGUCUACCGAAUGCUGACCGAAGUGCGCAACAUCGAUGCCGGGCCCAUGAGGUUCUACUACGUCGUGGGCUGGGGCAUCCCGGCCAUCAUCACGGGACUCGCGGUGGGCCUGGACCCCCAGGGCUAUGGAAACCCUGACUUCUGCUGGCUGUCCCUUCGAGACACCCUGAUCUGGAGCUUCGCCGGGCCCAUUGGAACAGUUAUCAUUGUCAACACAGUCAUUUUUGUCCUGUCUGCAAAGGUCUCCUGCCAAAGAAAGCACCAUUAUUAUGAAAGGAAAGGAGUCGUCUCCUUGCUCCGGACCGCCUUCCUCCUACUGGGGCUCAUCAGUGCCACCUGGCUGCUGGGGCUGCUGGCCGUGAACAGCGACUCGCUGGCCUUCCACUACCUCUUCGCGGUCUUCAGCGGCUUGCAGGGUCUCUUCGUCCUCCUAUUCCACUGCGUGCUCAACAGGGAGGUCCGGAAGCACCUGAAGGGGGCGCUCUCCGGGAAGAAGCUGCACCCGGAUGACUCGGCCACCACGAGGGCCACCCUGCUGACGCGCUCCCUCAACUGCAACCACACGUACAGCGAGGAGCCCAACAUGUUCCGCACGGCCCUGGGCGAGUCCACUGCCUCGCUGGACAGCACCGUCAGGGACGAAGGGGGCCAGAAACUCAGCGUGUCCUCUGGGCCAGCACGGGGUGGCCAUGGGGAGCCAGAUUCGUCCUUUGUCCCCAGGAACACCAAGAAGCACCAUGGCCACGAUUCAGACUCCGAUAGCGAGCUGUCCCUGGAUGAGCAAAGCAGCUCCUAUGCAUCCUCGCACUCGUCAGACAGCGAGGAUGAUGGGGUGGGAGCUGAGGACAAGUGGGACUCAGCUCGGGGUCCUGUCCACAGCACCCCCAAAGUGAAUGCUGCUGCCAACCACAUGCCCGCCGGCUGGCCCAACGAGAGCCUGGCUGGCAGCGACAGUGAGGAGCCUGGCGACAAACCGCGCCUGAAGGUGGAGACCAAGGUCAGCGUGGAGCUGCACCUGGAUGAGCAGGGCAAUCACUGCAGCGAGCGCUCCCCGGAGCAGGAGAGCGGCGGCCCGUUGAGGCCUGCGGACGUGCUCCCCAACCAGCCCCCGGAGCAGAGAAAAGGCAUCUUGAAAAACAAAGUGACCUACCCGCCGCCACUGACCGAGAAGACUCUGAAGUCCCGGCUCCGGGAGAAGCUGGCCGAGUGCGAGCAGAGCCCCGCAUCGUCGCGCUCGUCCUCCCUGGGCUCGAGCGACGGGGCCCGCGCCCCCGACGGCACCAUCACCAUCAAGAGCCCACGCCGGGAGCCGGGGCGCGAGCACCUCAAUGGGGUGGCCAUGAACGUGCGGGCUGGGAGUGCCCAGGCGGCCGGCUCUGACUCCGAAGGCAGUAACGAAACUUCAAUCUGAACCAUCAGGAAACCGAGACAAGGCCACCGCCUCCAGCCAGGCCUCUGUGCUGCAUCGAUGCACCCUUGGACCUUGGAGCCCAAGGGGCCGCUGCGCUGUCAGUGAAGGGGCCCUGGUGGUGGGGAUCCCUGCGGUGGCAGCCCCAUGACUGGUGUGACUGACAGUCCAGACACAAAGCCCCGGGCUACCCCCGGGAGCUCAGGGCCCAGCCGACCCGUGACAAGUGCCAAAGGUCACGGGCUCGAGGAUGGGUGGGCUCCCGGGCCGGCUCAGCCGGAUGCCGACUGCGGAGGGAGGCAGAGCCGCGGCCAGCAGGGCCAGGAGUGGGACCGGUACAAGAGCUGGCGGGGCCCCAAACUGCCAGGCCUGGCUUGUCGGGGUUCGGGGUGCUGGGCGUGGGUGGAGGACGGAGGUCCACUGGCCAUGCAGGUGCCCCCAGGUAGCACAGGUCCCUGGCCGGUGGCCUUGACGGCCCUUUGCAUAAACAUCCCUUGUCUUAAAGCAAAUUAUUUUCUUUUGUUGAAAAGGUGUAGAUACUUCUAUAUAUAUUUGUAUGGGACUCGGAGAAGGUGAAAGCCUGUGUAUAUUUUGCAUUUGUACUAUUGAUACUGGGAGAUCUGUGGGAUGAUCUCUCACUAUUUUUUUUAUAUAAGGAAGAUUGCACAGUUGUACUUGAACCUGGCGUGCGUUGAUGCAGCUGGUGUCCCGGCAGAUCAGAGUGGGAAGUGCGUGGGGAGCGAGUGGGUCCUCGAACAGAGGUUCCUGCCGCUGGGCCUGGCCAGGAAGCAGGGAGCUGUGGGCACCACGCGCAGCCGCCUGAAUUCCCAGCGCGCGUUUCUGAGAUGUGUGCCCUCCGCUCCCAGCCGCCCCGGCUGUGGUGGAUCGGAGACAGGGCAGCCUGGGACGGGGCGGGACUUGAGGAGCCCCCCAACCCCGCCACUGAGGCUGGUGGAGAACGCAGGUGCCCCACGGCCAUGGUGGAGGCGCUGACUGUGACUUAGCGCUGGCCCUUCCCUGGCCGCCCCGCCCCCACCCCGGGCCCACGCUCGGCCUGCGGGGCUUCCCUGGCCACUGGCCCAGUCGGUGUGGUACCGCAGGUGGGGACGUCUUUUGUCCCCUCUGCUCCUGUUCCCAGUGGGAUUGUACAGUGUUCACACGUUUCCGAUCCAGAUGGAGGUGUCAGGUCUUCCAGGAUGUCACGGUCCUUCCUGCCAAAUUUUCCAACUCUUUUAGACUCUGAGGAUCCCCAGGCAGGCCGGGGCCCCACCCCCGAGUCCGACCAAUGACUUCAUUUUGCUUCAAAUGGCCAAUUGUGCGGAGGGACAAAGCCACGGCCACGCUUCUCAGUGGUUACCAAGCUGUUUUUUGGAAGUUCGUACUGAGGAGCGGCCGCGCCUGGCCCGCGGUGGGCAGUCGGCGCGGCGUGGCCCCAGGGGCUGUGGCGUGGGGCCAGAAUGACUCAGACGCAUCUCGUUCCAGUGUUGCCUUUGUUCUUCAAAUCAGGCGCCCAAGUACGGGACUAGUACAGCUGCUUCCAAGUUUGAGAAACCAUAAAAUAGGAAGAAAAUCAAGUCAAAUGUGAAGAUUUCCACGCCAUAUUCGGAUGGAAAUGUGAGCACUGUUAGGACCACCCUGGGAACAGCAGCUGCGAGGAGGUUCUGAGGCCACACACCUCACACGGGAGCGAAGUGAGACCCCGGGGUCCGCAUGCGGGAAUGAAUUAUAAAUGUGCCUUAGCGGGUGAGGGGCCUUCUGAAGACAAAAGAGGGUCUUCAGAUGUUUACCCCUGACGAGACCUUUUCUAAGUAAAAAAGUUUGAAUACCCUAGAGUCAGAAGCCCCCACCUUCGCGUCCUCACUCUUCUGCAGCUGGGUCCUGCCCCUUGGGGUGCAGUUUUCAAUCUGAUCAGAAUUGUUACCAAAAAACAACUGUCCAUUUUAUUAAGACAGGAAAAUACAUUGUAAACCUAUUUUUGUGACUUAAGACUAUGAAAAAUGAGACACUGGAGUUUUUUUUUUUAACAAAUGUCUAUUUAUUAAUGUUCGGAACACUGGAAUUACAACACAAGAGAAGAGUCUGCAAUAAAUUAAGAUU